CAAGCCAUGAUGUAUGAGCAAGAUAUAUGUAGUUUUCAAACAUGAAUUGAUUAACAAAAAAUCUCAAAACGGCUAAAUAGAAAAAGCUCUUUUUUAUUUAAUAAAUCAAAUACAUGAGUAUUAUUAAUAUCUGCGAAACUAAAAUAAAUAUCACUAUAGUGAAAAUAUAUUCAGUAUAAAUUAGAGUGUUUAGAACGACAGUUUAGUUAUUUAGUUGGAGCAAAAUGUUAAAAUUACAAAAAUGUGGUAAAAUUUUCAACAAUCAUAUUAAUUUAAAUGAGACAGCAAAAUUUAAAUUGUUAUUAAUAAAACAGCAACAACAAACAUUACGCUUUCAAUCCACUGCCCAUGCUGCUACUGCUGUAACAAAUGAAAACAAUUCUGAUGCCUUAGCCAGUAAGGAAUGGGAAAAUGCCAAGCCCUUUGAAGAAAUUCCAACUAUUGGUGGAUUUACUUUUCUGCGAAGGUUUUUUUUACCAGGUGGCAAAUAUGCUAAUUUAGAUUCUACUAAAUUGCUGCAAGCUUUUAAAGAAGAUUUUGGCAAUGUCUCCCAUUUACCGGGUUUCUUUGGUGGCAAAUCAUUUGUAUUCACCCAUAAUGUGGACGAUUUCGAAAAGGUUUUACGCAAUGAAGGCAUAUCGCCAGUUAGACCGGGUUCAGAAUCUCUAUACUAUCAUCGUCAUGUUCAUCGUGCUGAGUUUUUCCAAGGCGUUGAGGGUCUAUUAGCAUCACAAGGCGAAACCUGGGGUACGUUUCGUUCGGCGGUCAAUCCCGUAAUGAUGCAGCCCAAAACUAUUGGCUUGUAUUUGCAUAAAAUGUCUCAAGUCAAUAAGGAAUUUAUAGACAGAAUUCGCCAAAUACGGGAUCCACAAACCCUUGAAGUUCCCGCUACUUUUGAAGAAGAAAUGAAUCGCUGGACCUUGGAAUCUGUUUCAGUUGUGGCCCUGGACAAACAACUAGGACUGAUCAGCAAAAAUCGCGAUAAUCCCAUGGUCAAAAAACUGUUUCAGGCCCUAAACGAUUUCUUUACGUACUCGUUGGAAAUUGAUUUCAAACCCUCCAUAUGGAGAUAUUACAAAACACCAACUUUCAAGAAACUAAUGAAAGCUUUAGACGAUAUUGUUGAUAUCACUAGUUCGUAUGUUAACGAGGCCAUUGAACGUAUCGAGGAAGAGCGUAAGAGUGGAGUGCCCGAAAAGCCAGAACAUGAGAAGAGUGUAUUGGAGAAACUAAUUAAAAUCGAUAAAAGAAUUGCCACGGUAAUGGCCAUGGACAUGUUAAUGGCGGGAGUGGAUACGACUUCCUCCACAUUUACUGGUUUGUUGUUGUGUAUGGCUGAAUAUCCUGAGAAACAAGAGAAAUUGCGCCAAGAGGUUUUGAACAUUUUACCCCACAAAGACUCCGAGUUUGAUGAAAAUGCCUUAAAGAAUAUGCCUUAUCUGAGAGCCUGCAUUAAGGAGUCUCUACGGUAUUAUCCCUUGGUCGUUGGUAAUGCUCGUGUUCCCGCCAACGAUGUGGUCUUAGGUGGUUAUAGAGUACCCAAGGGUACACAAGUGUCCAUGUGCACUACCACAUUGACACGUGAUGGUAACCAUUACUCUCGGCCAAAUGAAUAUUUACCAGAGCGUUGGUUAAGAUCCAGUCAAGAAGAUGCAAAUAGUUCAGAAUGUGCACAUGCCCUUAAACCCAGUACACCCUUCGUACAUUUACCAUUUGGUUUCGGUGCUCGCAGUUGUAUAGGCCGUCGUAUAGUUGAAAUGGAAUUGGAAUUGGGCAUUGCUCGUAUGCUGCGUAAUUUUCAGAUUGAGUUUAAUUAUCCCACGGAAAAUGCCUUCAAAAGUGUGUUGAUAAAUGUGCCGAAUAUGCCCUUGAAAUUUAAGUUUACCGAUUUGGAUUAUUGAGACGGAAUUUGUAUAGAGACCUGUGUGGUCUCAAGUUUGAAUAUUGCGUUGUUGAUACUGUAAAUAAUUGUUGUAUUAUAAGAUAU